AUGUUUCGGACAACGAUGCGAAAGUUUUCGCUACUUUCUGGCUACAACAAGGUACUUUUAAUGACAAAUGCAUUGUUUUUGGUAACUUCUAGUUUUCUUUUCGGAUUCCAGCUGAGAAAUGGUAAAAAUAGUAGAAGAAUCAAGUCUUUUGUUUUUAGAAUUUCGCGUACUUUUGCACAUGUUUCUCGAAAAAGAGUACUGCGGGAAGUUUGAAUUUAUAUUUUCAAUAGUCUUGUCGCUGGCUCGGUAACAUUGCUCUCCGUUUUCCUCACAGCUCGAAUCGUUUCGCACGCUCGAGACCAACCAAAAAGUAAACAUGAAUCGCAGCAUCGCGGUGUCGGAGGCAAAAAAUGGAGCAGAUUGUGAACAUUUUGAAGGAGCUGCCCACACUGACCGAAGGAGUCAUCUCAUCUUCCACGACGGCGACCGACAGCGAGGUAGACGGGGCUUCUGACGGCGGCGGAAAAAAACGACGAAAGAAGAACGCUGAGGUAUUCUAUAUUUUGAUUAUUUUCGGACUAUUUGUGCAAUGUUUGGUCUCUUCGCAAGCCAAAAAAAUUUGCGACUCCCGCGCGUGGCCUAACUUUUGCGGACUAGACUUUUCGGCGAUUUGUCUGCAUAGUACUCUCGGACAACAGAUAAAAUAAAUAAAGUUCUGUUUCUCUCGGUUUAUUCAAUCCGCUUCUCGCUAUUUUGCUGCGUACAUCGAAAAAGCAUUGUAAAAUCUUUAAAUGCAGAAUCGACCCAACCAUGGAAGGUUCCGUUUUCACUUACACGUUGUCCUUUUCUCCGUCUAGAUCCAUCUCUCUCUCUCUUCGGUUGAUAAAGGGCUUCGGCCAGCCAUUGCCCAGUGCCGAAAGUUAGUAAACGGUCGCGCUGACGUACGUUUUUGUCCAUUCUCUCCCCGACGAGUGUCUUGCGCCGCGGUCGCGCGGUCACAAGUACACCGAUAUAUUCGUCACCUUUGACAAAGUUUUCAACAAUCUGAAUGGCCUAUUUUCCUCUUAAUGGAUACCGUUUCGUUGUCACUGCUAAUGUGCCAAGUUCUGUUGAAUUCCAGCAUUUUCUGAAUUAUUUCUCACGCCUUUUACUGAUUGAUUGCUGUCUGUCGGUCAUCGAACGGAAGGACUUAUCUGAUCGAACCUCCGCCAAAACAACCUUGAAUCCGUUUUAGCAAAUCGGAAACCCUUCCUUUUCGACUAGUUAGUUGAUCAUUUCCAGGUCCGUUUAUGCGGCGAUAUGUACGAAGAAUGGCCGGCUCUCGAGUUCUCGGACCUCAACUCGAGCAUUCUUGACUUGUUUACCAAGUAAGCACUCGUCUCUUUCUUCUGUUCGUCACCAUUCCUUUCAGAGCUACGUCACAGUCCGUCGCAUCGGCGCUUUUGUACGAACUGACACGAUCGGAUGCGGAUGAAAACGGAGGAUCGAUUCGGUUGAACAAUGAAGAGCACCUCAAAUGGUGCAUGCAAGUGCUCAAUCACUCGCUCACAUUAUCGUUUGCAACCAGCAGGGAAUAUGAAACACUCAAAGGUGAGAAAACACAGAGAAUAGAGAUUAGUAGUCGUAGAAAGAAUAUGGGUAGUGCUUAGACCGAAGCGACUCUUUCAGCCAGUAUAAAUGCUUCCAUCGCAUUCAGAACGGCUUUUUUUAUAUUAGUCCGAUGUUAUCCCAUCUGAACGUGAGACCCUCAUUCAUGCUCUUUUUUCACCUAUAAAUUGAUACAUUUAGGCGCCGUUCGGAUCUACCUCCAUUGGCUCCGUGCUCUUUGUGACACUCCGGACAACAAUAUCCCUACUCCUUUGCUCGCAACCCCCGAGAAAUACUUCAGGUGAAAUUUUGAUCCUUUCAUUAUUCACCUGAUUCGUUUUCAGAAACAUAAUUGAUGCCCUUCGCUGGGUUUUCUGCCGACGCGACGAUGAUCUGGAUGCCACUCUGACGUCAUCAUCGGGCACUCAGGUUCCACGUGGAUUGGCCAUCGAACGACAAGCAAUUGAGAUCGAAAUGGUGUUGGAUUCAUUGAAGCAUCUCACAAAAAAUUCGAGCAGAAAGUACCAAGAUGAAGUGAAAACCCAUAAUUUAAACAUGGACCUGUAAAAAACAAUAAUUUAGGUGUGGGCUAGAUCACUCAGUUUUCUCCUGAACAGUGCUGACAUUCUGCUCUGCGAGCCAAAUGCAACAGAAGAAAUGGGUACUCGGACGUGUGUCCGUGUGGCAGACACUCUUUUCGAAAUGUGGUUGAAUGCCGUGAUCAACGAACAUAUUCCUUCGUUAACUUACUGGAGUUCACUGGCAACACUCGCCAGGCGGUGGAGACAUAAUGUGAGUGUUUUGCAAAGUAGAGGCAGGAAUUACCCUAUGUGUGCAGGUUCCGAUCAUCGAAUGCUGGGCUAAGAAGAUUCUCGGGCUGUCAGUUCUGGUUUGUCGCAAAAUGUACGGAGACGACUAUCUGAAAAUUGAUAUAAGUGAGUUUAUAUACAAAAAUGGGAAGAUGAAUAAUUCACUACUUUUAGCUGAUGAGAGCGUGAUUCCAUUUGGCAACGUACCAAUGUCAUCUGAUGAGGACGAAAACGAGGUUCAUCUUCUCUACCGUACCUGGUUCAACAUGCUCUGUCUCUUUGAUUCUCCUGCAAAGAUUCUCAAUCACGACGCCACGAGGAAUGUCUGUUUGAGUGAGUUCUGUUCCCUGUUGCUCGAGUGUCACUGUAUUCAGAUGGAAACUCACCUCGUCGCACAUCUUCAAGCAUUUCUACAACCAAUUUUGAGUUAGCAAGCUCGUCAGCUGCUCAAGGAGUCUCCUUUUUCUUGGCCGCCGUUACUUUGCAAAGAAUGAUCGACUUGUUUUACGGUAGGCUCGCUAAGCAGAAAUUAUGCGUUCUAUUGCCUAUCUGUACAGGUGAUUCCCGUGUUUCGAUCGAUCUUCGGAACUAUCAAACUGAAGGAAAGACGGGAGGAAGUACGAGGACAGCUUCAGUUCUCACCGAUUCCCACAGUCAUCACACAAAUGUAUCCUUCAGACACAAGUAUCCCUAAUCUUACCGUCCUUUAUUUCCAGCGUACCACUUCUACCACAGGCGACUCUUCCCGAUAUGUUUCAUUGGGCGGUGCAAUCGGGCAAAUCAUCGUUGAUGAUAUCCAGGGACCAGUUUCAAUGUCUUCUGGAUCGACGGCAUCCGGAAAGACCUCAACGGCCACGGGUGCUUCCUCAACUCACACGAUUUCCAGUGAUAUCAGAAGGGACCAGAGAAUGAUCUCCACCAAUGGUAUUUCCAUAUUUCAGUAAGUGUUAAAUGAGCAUCUUGUUUUCAGAUCGCAACAGGGAAGUCUCCAACCGAACAGUUUCUGUAACAGAUUCCGUGAACAUCUCGAAUCAAAGUCGAUAUUCGGAACAGACCUCCUCUACGCUCACUUAUAAAUCAGCACCACCUCCGGAGACAUCCACUCAGCAAGAGGUCGGAGAGAGCAUCAGCCAGCUCGUGGCCAACUCGACAGUGUCCGCUCCAGCUGGCCAUGAUGCAACCCUCCGAGCAGGUUUUUUGCUUGUUCUUUUUCUCAUUAAAACGCAUUCGUUUAUAGGCAUUCACCCGAGUGAAAUGAAAAUGGGAAGAACGUCCGGAGUGAUCGGAUCUUCGCAGCACAGCCAUUCCAUCGUCGACUCUGUUUCUCCGUACAAAUCUGCUCAGCGCUUCGCGACGAAUUUCCUUCAAGGUUAGAACUCCUUUUUUCAAUCAUGGAAACGUGAAAUCUGUGCUUUCAGCCAAUCAAGCAGUCACGCCGUUUGUCGGACACAAGCGACCGAAAACGGACCGAAUGCUCAAUUUGGUCGGAGAUUGGCUCUUUUCGAUUGUGAAUUCUCCAUCAAACAGCUCUCGAGUGACUGGGAACGAGCAUACGACGCUGGCCAAAAAGAACAACGACGGUGUUUCAGACGGUACGUUUUCGGUUACAUUUCUGAAUGAUCUGGCGUUUUAUUAACUCUAAAAGAGCCUAUAUCUGCUGACUUGCCUUUGAUUCGAUUCGCAUCAAUUUUCGUAUUUUCCUCUGAAGAGUCACACAAUUCGUAUGUAUUAAAGCGUCGGUCGGUGAUAAGUGUGUGAUAAGCUUGACUGGUUGGUUUGAACAAACACGACCGUCGUCGCAUCGAUCAGUGUUUGCCCGUCCGUUUCUCCAAUUUCAUCAAUUUCUCACUUGUCAUCUCCACUCGGACGCCUUCGUUUUCUGAAAUUGUGUCUAAAUCGUAGAAGCGACAUUUGCGAAUGUUUUAAUUUUAUUGACACAACUGGUUUCGUUACAAAUAAGUGGAUGAACAGAUAGAGGCGCGAGAGAGAAGAGGAGAAUCGUCGUCAGGCGCACGAGAUGCGUAUCACGAAGAUCGACGGACACUAGCACCUAUAUUUCCAACGUGUGUUCAUCGACGCGCCCUUCCCGUCAGUCACAAUUACUCCCAUUGCACCACCGCGCCGACGGCGUCAGCAGGCGCUUUCGCUCAAUGAGCAAAGGCUCAGCUACGACUUCAAAGGUAAUGUUAGAAGGGAAUUGCUGAUCGAAUGAUCCUGGAAUAGUAGGGGAUUCACAGGAUAGUCUCAGCUAGUGGAUUCAUUCCAAUUUCCACUUUUUAUUCCUCGCAAUCCGAAGUCAAGUGGUAUUUCUUGAACGGACUGACCGAAUAUUGAGAAGAAAUUGGAAAGUUGGCCAAGUACGUCGUCACAAUGCAUAAUCACAGUCUCGCUCUCUUCCAAUCCGUCGCCUCUUUUUUAGACUCGAGUUUAUCCGCGCCGUCCCUUCACCAAGGUCGUUUUUAAUCGCGUCCGAUUGUGAAGUGAUCAAACAGUGACCACCCGCUGAGAGUAGGAAAAGUUUCCCUCGUCGGAUUGAGGAUGGAUCAUCCAUCCAAUGAAACGGACGGCCCCCUUCUUAUUCAUUUUCCUUUGUGUACCGGAUGAACCUGCAGCACUAAUACUUCUAAUUACCUCGCCGUAAGGCGGGUUUCGGUCGUCGAGAAUGUCUGCCUCCUGAGUGUGUUUUCCCUUUUGCGCCACUCCACCAAAGGAUCCGUAUGUGCCCCUCAAUUAUCCGAGAAAAGAAGACGUCCUUCUUCAAACGCAUCAUCGUUUUUCAAUCGGUUAUUGACCUUUGAUGGGUGUGGAAGGCAGCAGAAGAAAACAAACUGGACGGUGCGGCGGCGGAGGAAGCAAGGCGGGACGUUCGCAAACGGUUCGCGACUUUCCCGGCCGCCGCGGCACAUAGAAGUGCUUCUUCGGCGCCCGCUCCUACAGCAGCAGCACUUCAUUCCGUGCUUAUCUCCUCACUUUACCUCUUAAUCGUUGAUUUGAGUUUCGAUCAUCUCAGAUCCCUCUCAAGAUGUUCUAAGCCCCCACUUCCCCGUUUUUAAUCCCGUCUUACAUUUUUGAUUGUGCGUGACUAUCUUUUUCUCGUGCAAAACUGUUGGUGAUCUCCAGAUGUUGUAAAUGCUCCCCGCCAUGCAACCCUCCAGUUCCUCGCCGUCUUCUCAUCAACUACAUCAGCAUGCUCAUCUUCAUCUUCCGCCACCACAACAACAACAACCGUUUUCGGUGCAACUGAAUGAAGUGGUUGCACGAUUCACUUCUAAAUUGUUGUUCCUUCGCGAGACAGAGGAUCACAAUCACAGUUAGUCGAGAUAUUCCACGUGUUUACCGUCCGCUCUUCCUCCGGUCCGUCAAUACUUUGUGGACAGACCGAAAGUAAGGCGAUUCCCAAACAAAGAAGAGCCGAUACUACUCAUUCUGAAUAUCAGUUUCUGUUGGAGGUGUAUCAUUCAUGCAAAACAGAGAGCGGGAGGAGGAAGUAGAGUGAGAGAGGUGCAAAAGAAGCCAAUUCGGGAAUGAACAUAAAAUGGUUGAACAGCAAACAAUGGUGGUAUUGUGCCUUGGCUGCAUACUGCUUUCACUAUUUUUAUAGCUGAUAUUGAUUCGGGGACUCCCAGCUUUUCCUCAUUUAAAUCCCAAAAUCCAACCACCAACAUUUUCCUGUUUGCUCAAAAUGAACAUUGACCCAAACAGUUCAACCUGGAAAAGAUGGCUAUUCCGAAUGUCGAGGAGUGGUACAAGUUCGUCUUAAUGUUCUGCCUACGCAAUAUCCAAUUCGUGUUUUCUAAGCCAACUCCAUGUCGGAUGGGUGUUGUAAGCAUGUCCAUUACCCAUUACACAACGUAAUGCAUAAUCAGAUUAGGAUGGCUUCCAUUCGCCUUUCCCAUUCUGGAUAAGCUCGAAAAGUCGCGCUUGUCACAUGCGGUAAACGAGGUCGGGCGAGGGAGAGUAGAGACGUGCUCCGCAGCGAGCCACAAACAUGUCACAACCGUCGGGAUUCGGUCGGCCCGCCACCGUAUUGUUUGUUCAUUUGUUCGAUUUGUGGCAGCCGAGAAAUGGAAGACAACUCUGCUUUGAGUGAGAAAAGAGAAGCGAGAGACCGUAUACCUAUCGGCUAACUGCUCUGAGCAGCCGCCAGGUAAGUAUUAUGUUCGUAGAAAAAACUGAAAACAUAUUACUAUGCGGGAGACCGUCAAACCAUGACAGGUCGUCGUUUACUUGAGUUCAAUUCGGAGUAGCACUUACCGUUUCGCAUCAUAAUGCCCGGUAUUCAAUGCCUUCUUCUUGUGAUGCGCCGUGGCAAGUACUGGCCGAAGCGAGGUUCUCUCUCCUGGUCACGCCGACUAUAAUCGUGUUUCCGCUCACCGAACACUCUCUUCUGUCUAGUUACGGUUAUUCACAUCGCUAGCCGAUUGUUCUGAAAUUGAAUUCUUCCUGGAAAUAGUACUUUUCAAACUGCUGCUAACGGGUGAGAUUUUCUGUUAAGCUGAGGGAUUUUGUGAGGAGAAGGCGCUCACGGAUUUCCUCCCCAGUGAUCCUUCGUUUUGAAAUCGAUCGUCGCAUUAAGCUUCUCACAAAGUUUGCUCUUUCGCUAGAGCCCCUGUCCGCGUAAAUGCAGUUGUCUCUGUCAUUAUUCCUCCGUUUUCGUUCCCUUGUCACAACAUCUCUGCUUCUCCGUUUGGGGACGCGACGUCUUUUUUGUUUGUCUCGUAGAUUUUCAGUCGAACGACAUAAAAGUGUAUCAGAAGAAGGCAGGAAACAUGAGAAUCGUUUCGAAAUGGCACUAAAACAGCCUUUUCUGUUUUAGUUUUACCUUCUCGUUCACAUAAAUCUCUCAGACGUUAUCUAAUUGACACGCUUUCUUCUGCAGAUGCAACCUCUUAUAGCGUAGGCGUGAAAGUUUUCCCACUUCGGGGUUCUGUUCACUCUCUAUGUCUCUGUCAGUACCCGCUUGUUUGCGCUUAUUUAUAUGUACAGAAAAUUAGUGAGAGAUAUUACGGUAGUUGACGAGGUAUAGAGAGCGAGACGAAAACGAGUUUGACGAGAGAAACGUUUCGAUUCGGGAAAUAUGGGAGCGAGAAAAAGAGAAGAUUAGUUGCCUCCCGGUCGGUUCAUUGCGCUCCGGCACUCGCAUCUGAUGCAUUGAAUCCAUCAGAUUGCGAAAUCGACUCCGAGGUUACCUAUUGUGCCGUUUUGCAUUGUUGCCUGGCACCUCUCGCUCGUUCUCUUUCGUCUUCCUCCGUCCAUUGCGAAACAAUUUUUCUGAUUCUGAAUUUAGUCAGACGCUCUGAUUUCGUCCACCUCAUCUACGGCGGGUUCCCGUCGUAAUCGGGGCCGUUCGUGUCCCGGACGACGUCGUGAUAAACAGCCACUUCUAAUAAAGACUGGAGGCUCGAAACGAUCGUUGUUGUAUGAGCUAGCUGUGUCCAACACGUGCAAUCCAUUAUGGGGAUCACAACCCUUUUUGGCACUUCAGAAUGCGGAUCUGUGUGGGUAUUAGAGGAAUAUAGGAAUUAGGAACACACUAAUGAAUUCAAUUCAAUUCAAUGCGUUUUUUUUUGCAGAUGUGAUAUCAGGACUCUCGCUGCACUCGGUUGAUUUGGACGACAUUCCGGACGCUAUGAGCCCAAUGAUGGGUCGAUCCGACAGUACUGCUUUAUCUCACAAUGCGGUUGGAAGACGGAAAAGUGUUGGUACGUCCACCUGGUGUUCCAUUUCGCAGUUGCAAACUUACACUUUCAGGUAGUUCAUGCUCUUCCGUAGCGGGCGAAUCAGACGUAAUGAGCUCAACAAGCACUGCUGGUGGACAUUCCCAGAAGCACGCGGAAGACUAUCACAUGGUGGACGGGGUGACUGCUGGAAGAGCUGCAGCCCUGGCCUCACUCAUCAGAAUCAUUACCUCGAAGUCGUCAGCUGAAAAAAUUCCAAAUGCGCAGCUCGCUAACUUCUACUCAACUUUAUUUCAAACUUUAGUUGAAAAGGAGCGAGUGAUGAUGUGCACACUCUUCUACUACGGUCGGAAUCUCUUCCGAUUAGGCCUUCCUGGAAUCGAAAGUCUGCUGCCGCACUUCCUGUUCGCACUUGAUAUCGUCAUGAUCGAAAGUUCAAAACUCCGUUUGCAUCCAUCUAUUUCGGAAGUAGAAGUGCGGAGAGCAUGUCUACGGGCUCUGUCCUCUGUUAUUUGCUGGCCGACUACAUUCGGAAUGAGCAAAAUUCCACGUGAGUUUUGCUGAGAAAACGAAAAAAAGUAAUAUACGGGAAUUCCAGAAAUCGCCGAAGCCGCUGGUCUCAAGUCUAACGCUGCCACUUAUUUACAUCUCCGGUCAAGGAUCUUCAAGACAUUGAUGUUCAGUGUUCGAAACGAAACAGAUCCCUCAAAUCUGCACAUUUCCCUUGCUCUUUGUGCUGUUCUCGUUGAAGAGAGUUGUCAAUUCGAUCUCGGACUCAAUGAGGAACAGACGAAAGAAAUGAUCAGGAUAUCGACAACAGCCAGCAGUUCCGGACAGCCAGAGAAAGGACUGUGCGCGUCGAUCGUUCGAGGAGUCCUCUCUGCUAUUUGUGACAAGUUCGGCCGAAUCGAGACAAUCGAUCAUUCUACCGCCCUCGCAAUAAUAGAUGUUCUCAACUGCAUUUCUCACGUUCAUCACACAGUUUUGUUCAAUAACAGUACGUUUAGUCUUGUCCUGAGCAUGAUUUCAUCCCCUUCUCCGAUGUUUCAGUGGAUGUGUCAACUGGCACUCUCGUUAUUGCUUCUCUCUGUCGAUUCAUCGAACAACAGCUGAACAAACCACCACCAAUGCACUCAAAAGAUCUCCAUUCAACAGUAUGUCAUCAACAUCCUUACUGUUGAUUGACGUGAAUAUUCGCAGGUUGUCGCAGCAUACAAUGCAGUUUCUGUUUGGCUGACGGCUUCUCCAUUGCUCGCAGAAUGCGUCGGAGUGCUCGGAACCGUUUGUGAUGUCAUUCAAUUAGGAGUGACGGGCAGCAAAUCGGUGAGUAUUCAAUAGUUCUCACAUUCUUAUUCGCAUUUCGUUUCUAGAGCCCGGACGGCCAAAAAACACGUGGAGACAACGCAAAACCGAAAGCAGCCAGUCAGCGAGUUUUGGAUGCGGCUGAAGCACUCAUGUACACACUCUUUUGUGUGGUCGGACGGAAGCCAGGACCUCUUAAGGACGAACGAAGACUGCUUCACAAGUACGGUCCGGAAAGGAUAAACACUACGAAGUUCUUGCACGUCCUCGUCAACGGAGACACUUUGCUCUCUUUGCAUGAGGCAUCUCAUAUCGAAGAUAUUCAAUCAAGUUGACUGGGUUAAACUCAAACUGUCCGCUUACUGAUUGUUUCAGACAGUGCAACCGUUCUCUACGUCCGUCGAUCACCGAUGCAAGGAGCGAACACGGGAAUCGCGAAACUGCGGCCGAAGCCAAUUAAUUAUCAACCGGACGUCGGAAUGCCGCCCAUGACCCCAAUGUCCGCAGUUUCAACUGUUGACGGCUUUGAUGGUUAGUAGUUGACAUUCGUUAUUCUUUUAUCUGUUCACUUACAUCUGGUGCCUGUUGCAUGUCCGUUCUUUUUCUACAUAUUUGUGUUUCAUGUUCCUCACCUAACCCGCCAGUUUCGUCCUAUUCCUCUACAAAACUGUCUGUCUCCUCGGCUACAUCGGUCCCACACCAGAAGGCGUCGAAUGCCUCAAAAGGUGAUCAUCCCCUUUCUUUUCCUAUGUCACUGUGUUUUCCCCUUCUGCAGUAACCACCCGCACUGCUCCGGCUGCGGUUCCUUCCCUGGUGGCUGUUGGUUCCAUUCUCACCGGUGUGGCAACUCCUCCGUUUGUCUCACAACCUGUGUUUUUCGAAGAAUCGGACGAAGAACAAACGUUCUACGACUCUGAUGGUAUCAUUUGUUUUUGUGUUUGGUGGUGGUCUGUUCUCGUUUCGUUGACCUCCUUUUCCGACGGUUUGUUAAUCGCUUCCAGAGUUUCCAGGUGGAAAUACUCCAAACCGCACGCAACCACAGAAGUCGAUUGGAGAACAGUUUGACAUACCGCCCGAAUUCUACAAAAACUCCUGCCGACUGUAAGAUCCCUCUUUACGAAGCAUAUACAGCAACGUACAUUUUUUCAGAGACAGUGCAUUCCGGAAUCUUGAAUCAACAGCAGAAACAGAAGCGAUCGCUGAGGAGAUGAAACAGCAGAAUUCACAGAAUGGGCGAUCAUUUUUCGACGAAGCGAGGAGACACAACGUUUUCGAACGGAUGCUUCCUGAAGAAAGGCUCGUGACUCCGCUGAAAGAAGUUGACAAAUGCAGCUCCAUUCGUAUGAUGCUCUACGAUUUCGGCUUGAUCAAUGAUAAAAUUUACGGAUCGGAGAUUGUUCUGCUCGACAGUUCAAUAAGGUGAGCAUACUUUGAAGCACUCUUAAUUCGAAAUGCAAUUUUUCAGUGAUAAGUUCUAUCGUGAUCUGCACGAGACCGUCGACUGUGCGCCAGCUAGAAAUCAGCUCACCGCCCAUGUUUUCUACGUGAAAGAGGGACAAAGAAAUGCCGUGGAUAUUCUGGAAAAUGCGGUCAGUUUCUGUCUUCUACUACUUCGUUAACACUGGGAUAUUUUGCAGUUGAAUGUACAAAACACAUGCUCCGAUUUCUGUAUGUUCCUGGCAAAUCUCGGCGAGGGAAUCGAAAUUGGGAUGCAUGACACAUGGACAGGGCACUGGUCAACUGCUUAUUCGAGUGAAAGAAGUGGGAAAUUAGAGUGGAAAAGUGAUUAAUUGGAAUAUUUUACAGAACAAUUCACCGAGUCAGAAGGCGUUGACCACUACAUCGUCGACGGAAUCCAGCACGCUCUCUGGUGGUGCGACGAGCAAGGCAGCAAUUCGGAGCUCGCAUUCUUGAUGCCAACGGAGCGAAGUGUACGAAUGUUCAAGCAGAGUAUAACUUCUCCUGCAAGCAGUUCUAGAAGUAAGCAGCUCAAACGGAAAAAGAAAGCAAAUGACUUUUUUUAGGAGGCUCCAACAACCGAUCUAUGUUGUCUGAUGACAGAUCGUUCGACAGCUCCCACACAGAUAACAGUGGAAUGCUGAGUGCUCGGAGGGCUGGAGAGAAAUCGCCGUCCAACCUGAGUGAUCGCGAUUUCCGACCGUACGCAGGUGGCGGAUCCAGUAUGGGUCACAAUUCAGUCGGCAGAAGGACGGGCGCUCUCCGGAUAAUGCUCGUUUGGCUAGAGAGGCCGGAGGAUAUGUCCAACUUCCCAGUUUGUGAGUAAUAAGAAACAUCGACGAGAGGUUGUAAGAGAACAUUUCAGAUGAGUUGAUUGGCUCCUGUGACGACGGAAGUGAUCAUCUGGCCGCGCCUAAAAUCGGAACUGAGCCGGCGUUGGCUGCCAACUCGCAAGUCGCCCACCACAUUCUAUUCAUUCAUCUCGUUGAGCCAGGAAUUGUGCAGGUUCGCACUCGAGGGACCAUUAACAGGUAGGCUCGAAGAGAGAAGAAGACACUGCAAUUUCGCAAAGUUCCAGAUUCGGAGAAGCAGGUCCUCUGGUCGACGGCGUCGUCGUUUCACUCUGUAAUCUUCCGUCAUUCGUCCGAAAUACCAUUCUGAAUAGUGCGCGGCGAGAUGUGGCGGAAAUAGAAAAGUACGCCAAAUUGGGCAUAUUCUCUUCCAUAAGUAUCCUUUUUCAGUUAUACAUUCCCACAUACCCGAAGGAAACAGGCCAUCAUCGAAUUCGCAAAGAAAUACGCGGCGAAGACGUCAUAUGAAGAGUUUAUAGUCAAUUUGAUACAAAACUAA